AUGGAAAUAACCGGUUUCACUGAAAACCAAUUGAUGGUUCGAGAGGCUAUCAGCCAAGUCUGCGCCAAAUUCCCAAACACGUAUUGGCAAGAACACGAUCAGGAUGGGACCGACCCUAAAGACUUUCACGCGGCUCUUGCAGCUGAUGGCUGGCUUGGAGUUGCGCUACCGGAGGCUUAUGGCGGUGCUGGCCUGGGGAUAUCAGAAGCAACCAUCAUGAUGCAGACAAUUGCCGAAUCUGGAGCUGGUAUGGCUGGCGCUCAGGCAAUACAUGCGAACGUUUAUGCCACGCAGCCAUUGGCCAAAUUCGGCACAAAGGAACAGCUCGAAGGGACAAUACCCAAGAUCAUCUCUGGAGAGUGGCGGACGUGUUUUGGCGUCACGGAACCCAAUGCCGGCCUCAAUACCCUCUCACUCGCGACUGCAGCAAAGAAACAAGAUGACGACACAUACUCCAUCACUGGUCAAAAGAUCUGGAUCACCUGCGCUCAAGUCGCAUCAAAGAUGAUCCUUCUCGCUCGGACGAAGGCUGCCGAGGAGGCCCCCAAGCCCAGUCAGGCGCUCUCCUUAUUCUGCAUCGACGUGGACAAGAGCAACCCCGGGAUUGACAUUAAGAAAAUCAAGAAGAUGGGCGGCCGUGCGGUGGAUGCAAAUGAGGUGUUCUUCGACAACUACCGCGUCCCUGCCAGCACCCUGGUCGGCAAAGAAGGACAAGGAUUCAAGAUUAUCUUGGAUGGGAUGAACGCUGAAAGGUGCUUACUUGCCGGUGAAGCACUAGGACUAGGAUACGCUGCCCUGGCAAGGGCAGCAGGCUAUGCUCGCGAGCGCAAGGUCUUCAACAGACCCAUUGGCAUGAAUCAGGGUGUUGCUCACCCGCUAGCCGAUGCGUACAUGAAUCUCGAGGCAGCCAAACUAGCAACCUACCAUGCCGCUCGUCUGUACGAUGCGAGUAUAACCGACUCUUCUAUUCGACAAGAUGCUGUAGGCAUUGCAGCAAACAGUGCCAAAUACUUGGCAGCAGAGGCGGCUUUCAAAGCAUGCGAGAGGGCGAUAUUGGCUCAUGGUGGCAUGGGAUAUGCGGCUGAAUAUGAUGUCGAGCGUUGGUUCAGAGAGUGCAUGGUGCCUCGCAUCGCUCCUGUUAGCAGAGAGAUGAUUUUGAAUUACGUCAGUGAGAAAGUACUAGAGCUGCCGCGAAGCUAUUGA